GCAAAUGGCGGACAGUGACGACAGUCCUCGUUGAUCCGCGUGCCCGUAACCGGAAAACCGGAAUAGUUUUUACGAAAGAUGUACCGUGGAUCGUGAGAAACGUGUUCGAAGCGUCGUUUACAGGGAAGUAACGAGCGGUUUUAGCGUGUACGGGAUUGAAUCAGAGUAAGUGUGGUAAAAAAAGUGCGGGAAAAGAUGACGCGCGGCAACCAGCUCGCCGCUUCGUUUCUCAAUCGAUAAUACCAUCCGCGGGUUUAUUAGGUUAAAAGCGAGUGGCUCGCAUCGAAAUAUGUGAGGGAGUCGCGGUUUGCCUUCGCGUUCCAAGGUAAACAAAGAAACGACUGAAUUUUCUAUAAGAAGAAUGCCUGCAGUGAGUAUUUGUGAUCCAGUGUCGGCGACUCUACGCCGUACACUGGACACUAGCCAGUCAAAGGGUCAGGAUGAGCUGUCAUCAUCGCUAGUCACAAGUGCCUCUCGGAUCCUGCAGUCUGAAGUUCAAUACAAAGAGGUAAAUGACUAUCAGAGCGCGAUAUUGGAUCAGUUGAAGGCCAAGUACACCGUGUUGAGCCUGCCAAACUCUGAGAACGAUGAGAAGAAGGACGGCAUUGCAAAGAAGAAGGGUCCGUGCUUGCCAGAGCCUGCGGUGACUCUGUUCUUGGCGAAGAAAGUCAGCCUCGGUUGGAAAGGCACGUUUCCUGUGGGCGCCGGCAUGUUUAAUGUCGGUAAUACUUGCUAUUUAAAUAGUACGCUUCAAGCCCUGUUCCACGUGCCUGCGUUGGUCAAUUGGCUCCUGUCCGACAGCCACCAUAACUCGAAAUGUGAACAGAAUGAUGGAGCAGGCGAGUGUCUUACGUGCGCUAUGGCCAAGACUCUGCAGUUUAGUCAUCAGAAGUCUGGAUGCGCUAUUAAACCUUUCUACAUUUAUAAUAAACUAAAACUAAUUUGUAGGACAAUGGUGCCGGGCCAGCAAGAGGACGCCCAUGAGUUCCUCCGAUACCUCCUCGAUGGCAUGAAGAAAGCCUACCUCACCCGGCACAAGGCUAACAAGCUCGACAACUACUCCAAAGAAACGACGCCGAUCAACCAAAUAUUCGGCGGCUACGUCCGCACCGAAGUCAAGUGCCUCCAAUGUCGUCACGUCUCGACAACGUUCCAACACUUCCAGGACUUGCUCGUGGACAUAAGAAAGGCAACUACUCUAGACGAGGCCCUCGCAACCUAUUUCAGUCGCGAGCAAUUAGAAAACAACGACUACAAAUGCGAAGCAUGUAAACGUCGAGUGCCGGCAACGAAGCAGUUCAGCGUCGAACGAGCGCCAAAGGUCCUCUGCGUCCAACUAAAACGAUUCAAUGUGCUCGGUGGAAAAAUCUCGAAACAUAUUAGCUUUAAGCAGACCAUUGACAUGGGGCCGUACCUUUGGAGAGAGCCCGGCGAGCCUCAGCAGUCCCUUACUUACAAACUGACUUCGAUGGUCACUCACAUGGGCCCCUCAGUUAACUGCGGGCAUUACACUGCCGUGGCCAAGGUCUCCACUGGCCAAUAUUACUCUUUCGACGAUUCCUGCGUUAGGCCGGUCAGCUUGAGCAAUGUUCUAAGUACAAACGCUUACAUCAUGAUCUUCGAGAUGGAACCGAGUAAUUUGAAGGUGAACGGCAGCAUCAGUUCUCCGACUAUUUCUCCAGUUUCCCAAUUGAACAAAUCGACUGUAGGAACGCCGAAAGCUUCUACUUCAGGCUCGGCCGUAUUGAAUGGCUCCGUAAACGGCUUGACGAGCAAAGAGGAGGAUGUUGAGAAGAAUUCUAGUAACGGGGUUCAAGUGAAGGGUUCCGGUUUCAUUGGACCUCAGUUGCCGCAGAAGAUGAUGGAGAAACAGCCGAGGUUGAUCAUGCAUAUUAAGAACGGCAGGAUUUUGAACGGGAAUUGUCUUGUGCCGUACGAUGGUUCGAGCGAGGAGGAAGAGAAUUUGACUAGCUCCAACGGUUCAGUAAAGAGUAUGGUUCCUGUGAACGUACCUAAUAGUAAGAGUUCGCCCGUUAAGAAAGAGAAUCCUCUGGCGAAACCUGUGAACAGUACGAAGGAGGCGCAAAAAUCGUUGACGAAAAUUAAUGGGAACGAGAUAGUAGGCAAGGUGCAGAAGAAUGGGGCUAGUUAUGCAGUUGUCAAGUACCAGAAUGAGAAAGCAGAGGCGAACGGUGGAACUGUGAAGAGUAGUAAAUGGCAUCAGACUGUUCGGGGGUGUAAGGACGAGGAGAAAGUUGCUACCAAGGCGAGUAGCAUUAAGGGGUGGCAGGUGUCGAAGGAUACCAGUUUCGGAUCGGCAACUUCGCUCACUGCGCCCAACGGAUGGUCCGUUACUGACAAGGAAGAUAAUAAAUUACCGCAAGGCACGAGCACCAGUACGACGACCAGCACCAGUACCGGUGCGACUAUCGAUGUGAAUAUAAAUUCUAAUACUACAACAACAACAACACCUAGCGCAGCGGCUGUGAGGAACUUCAAUGGGACUAACCAGUCGGACACCGUCUCGCACUUGCUCAGGAUGUCCCUUAGACGAUACGGGAACAGCGUGGUAAACUGGAACGGCAACAGGACAUUGAUAGACCGGGAAGUAGAUGCCGAUCGUCGAGAGGAACGGAAAAGACACUCGAACGCGGAUGACGACGAUCUCGACCGCGGUCGAGUUAAGAAGCUAAAGACUCAUCGAUCCUACGACGACAGGAGUUCGUCAAGUUACAGUAAUCCUUUCCAAGAGUACCAGGAGGGUAAAACGUGGAACAGCCACCGCGCGCCUACCCCUCGCUACUACGAUAGAGGCCUUAGACAUUAUUACAACACCUCGGGACACGUCAGGCAGUGGGCGUUGUUACAGAACCUCAGGACUCGACAGAGACACCCCAGAAAUUACAGACCCCAGCAUUAUAGAUACCAUUCGCGAGCUCACUGGCAACGGGGAUAAACGCGGUAGAGCGCAGGGGACAGAAACAAAUCAGAGAAGAUUUCUCGUUGAGAACUAAAAUCCAGCUCGUUGUCGAUGCUUAAAGGAGAUAGGAAAUAGUUAAACGAGAGAAGAUUCGGAGGAAGCUGAAGUCUGGGGAAGAGGAAUUUGACUGGAAUGGACGGAGGGAGCCGAGUAAUGAGGAGUUUGACUCUUGAUCGAAGCUUUUUGAUAGAAGAUCGUUGAGGAACGAAAGAAACUUUACCAGAGGAUCUUCGACUACUGAGGAUCGAGCAAUAUAUUCUAUGAGGAUCGAGGAAAUUACGCAGUGAUAGGACGUUUACUUAGGAUUAAACGAAAGAUAGGAGUGAAAACGAACGCGGCGCAACGUUGAAAUUCUGAACCCUCGUAGUCUUUUAUAUAUAUAUAUAAAUACACACACAACUUAGUUGGAGAAUAUUGGAAUGAAGAUCGACUACUGUUUUUUAUUUAUCGAGUUUCAGACGUUGCUAGCGUUCGCAGAAUUAGAUAUAGUAAUAUUAAUUAUUAUUCCAUUUGAUGAAAUAUUAUAAAUAAUUAAUUUUGACACGGUUCUUCGUGUUUCUUUUUUCCAUUUUCUUUUGAUUCGUCGAUCGAUUUGCUUGCAGACGGUUUUCGUUUUAGAGAGAAUUAUUAUAGUCUGGAUUGUAAGGCAAAGUAAUUCUAUAUUAUAGAAACCAGGGAACUUUUAUUGGAAGGCAUUAGAUGAUCUGUGUUGUGAGAUAGAUAGGAGGUCUCCCUAUGGUGGAAGGAGAACAUAGAUGUACAGUUGCGCGUACUAAAAGAAAUCGUGAAUAUAUCUUAAUAAAACUUGGAAGACUCUUAGAUAGGACCUUCCUGCAGGUCUCUCCCUAGUUUCAUUAAAUCUCGUCGAUUAUAACAAAAAUUAUUGCAAUUUGAAGCGUAUUCGUUGUCCUUUCACCAUAGGCGAAGCUGUCCGUUCCGGAUUGAUCGGAGGGCAGCGAGUCUAUGUUAUAAGACAGAUCGUUGUAUAUCGUAAGGAAGAAUUGUAAGAGAUGACGAAACGAUUGGCGAAUGAAGAUGAGAAAACUUGUUCGGUG